AUGCUGACUAUUAAUAGCAUCUCCAUUUCGCCUUUUAGUCACACCACGGAAAAGACCCAAUGGGAACAUCCCGUAUGGGUUGAGAUGUCCAAAGAGCUGUCACAAUUCAAUCGCGUCAAAUUCAUCGCUUACCGUACUGCGAUGAAACUGCGAGCUUUACAAAAACGUUUAUGUCUUGAUCUUGCUGACAUUCCAAUGCUUGAGAAGUGCUUCUCUCGCCUUGCUGGACUCUCUAACGAAGAAUCUCCUGGAUUGGAGGGAAUGGUCAGCAGUUUGCUCCCACUUUUUGAGCAACUCCAUACGAAACAUCCACAGAUGGUGCGAAGUGUUGCACUUGCCGUUGAUCUCUGCAUAAAUUUUCUUUUGAAUCUUUUCGAUCCAUCGCGUGAUGGACUGUUGCGCGUCUUGUCCUUCAAGAUCGCUUUAGUUGUGUUCUCAAAUGCUCCCUUGGAGGAUAAGUACAGAUUCCUCUUCAACCUAGUGGCUCAAGAUGGUCAAGCAGAUCAGAAGCAUGUCGCUUUACUUCUUUACGAUCUCAUUCAGAUCCCCAAACUGGUCGGUGAAGCGGCUGCCUUCGGUGGUUCAAAUGUCGAGCCAUCAGUACGGUCGUGUUUCGAAACCGUUCGACUCUCUCCUUCCAUCUCUAUCGGCCCAUUCCUCGAAUGGCUAAAACAAGAACCACAAAGUGUUGUUUGGCUGCCGGUGAUGCAUCGCUUAGCAACUGCUGAGUUCGCCAAACAUCAGGCGAAGUGCAACGUUUGCAAGAUGUUCCCUAUUGUGGGAUUGCGUUAUCGUUGUUUGCGUUGUUUCAACUUGGAUCUCUGCCAGAACUGUUUCUUCAGUCAAAGGACAGCCAAGAAGCAUAAGCUAAAGCAUCCUAUGCAAGAAUAUGCUGUUCCUACAACAUCCUCCGAAGAUGCACGAGAUUUUGCUCGAAUGGUUCGAAAUAAAUUCUCCAGAAGCAAGAGCAGUCUCGGAUAUCUCCCUGUUGAUGUGGGCGAUGAAGGCCGACCUUUAGCUGCUCCACCAGCUGCCGCGAGGAAUCCAGCCACUGAAGCGCUGCAUCAGCGCUCCGCUGCGAUAUCGCAUCGGUUGGCUCAACUGACAGCUUCACAGCCAGCUGAACCAAGAGACGAACGGCUUGCCGAUGUGCAGAGCCCAGCUCAGCUCAUUAGCCAGGUCGAGCAAAUGCAAAAGGACGAGCUGGAUCAGGUGCUGCAGCGGCUUCAGCUUGAAAAUAUGGAAUUAAAGCGAGAACUGGAACGACGGAAAGCUGCGACUACAAGCACCCCAGAUCUGGACAGGUAUGCGUCUUUAAGGGACGAAAAUUCAUUUUCCAAUAUAUUCGGAGAUUGAUU